CAGGGGGGGCAACCCCACAGGGCUGACCGUCAGAUUUUGGCAUCAGCUACAGCAGUGGAACGAGAGAAGGAAACGGCAACGUUACUCAGAUCGUAACCAUGGCUCUGAAUCGAAACCAUUCCUCAAACGGCGGCGUUUUGAUUAAUAACGGAGAGAGUGUUUUAAGAGAAUGUAAGAACGUGGAGCUGUUGUUCAGCGAUGUUGCCACCAAGUCAGAUCUGAUGAAAGGGACCAAGAAGGGCACAGUUUACCUCACACCAUACAGGUUGGUGUUUGUGUCCAGUAACACCAAGGACUGUCUGGGUUCAGCCAUGUUUCCCUACUAUCUGAUGAAGGGCUGCAGUAUUGAGCAGCCGGUCUUUGGAGCUAACUAUAUCAAAGGGACCGUUUCAGCUGAGCCUGGUGGCGGCUGGGAGGCCCAGGCCAAUUUCAAGAUGUCAUUCCCCAGUGGAGGAGCCAUUGAGAUGGGACAGCAUCUCUUCAAACUGGCUACAAAUGCUUCUCGUGCCGGUCCUCCCCAGAAUGGUGCGCCCUCAUAUGGUUAUCCUUCACCAGUGAUGAUGAACGGCUACGGGCCGGCGGCUCCAGCACAGGGAGGCUACGCUUAUCCAGCACCUCCUCAGCAGAACGGAUUCUACCAGGGGCCUCCUUCUGCUCCUGCUCCUGCCCCUGCUCCUGCUCCUGAGUACGGUUAUCCCCCUGCUUCUGCGAUGCCCCCUGCAGGAAUGUACCCCGCUGGGUGUGAUUACAUGGCUCCACCCCCACCUUACCCUGGGCCACCCCAAAAUUGGAAUGCACCCCCACAGUACUGGUCAAAUCCUCAACAACCGCCAACAGCUCCAGGCAGCGCCACCAUGACCCCUGCUGUACCCAGUGCAUAUUUCAAUCCCAAUAACCCUCACGGUGUCUACAUGCCCAUGGAGCGGCCGUCCCCGUACGCACCAAACUCAAAUUAUCCUGAAAAGAAAAGCAACUGAGGCUCAGGCUUCAACACUUCAGUGACCAUGGUCUCCUCCUCUUUAUCUUUUAUUUUUCCACUUUAAAACCAGUGGUGAUUUUUUUUUUCUUAAGGAUUGUAGAAUGCACUAAAGAAAAGGCAUGGAGUACAGAUUUUCAGGAUGUCAAAUAUAAUUUUUAUCACCAAAAAUUAACCAUUGGAAACAGGGGAAAAAAAGGAUUAUUUCUUAUUUUGUCUAAUUCAAUCUGUGGUUUCCCAGUGCGUCAUCUUUAUUUUUACUUGUGAU